CCGCCCAAACUACUCAACCGCCCAAAAUCGCUACCUUCAAAAAAUCAUAAUUCAAUACCCAUAUAAUAUUUUACUACCAAAUUAAUUGUUUUCUGAAGCUUUUUUAGCCCCUCAACAUGCCUGUAAAAAAAAUCACUAUACUGAAUUCGCGGACGAUCCCAACGAGCUCUCUGAGAGCGUGCGAUUACAGAUGGCCCAUAACGAUUAUCUCGAUUACAAUACUAGCAAGAAGACUAAAUCCAUUCGAAAAUGCGCGAGAGAGUAUGGAAUUGCAUACGAAACCCUUCGAGAUCGAAUUAAUAGAGCGAAAUCAAAGGAACAAGAUACAGCGGCAAGAUAGCAUUUAUUAGCGAGGCAAGAAGCGGUCAUUUAGUAUCGGUUCACCAGGAACGCGUAGCACCGUCACGUAAUCGUGGAAUGCUAUUUGCGUAAGUU